AUGAGAUUCCUUUCUGAUUUUCAAAGGUGGUGGAAGCAAUCCAUUGGUGUUUCUGAUGUUGGUGGAGGUGAUUUCUUUCUUGGAAUGAAAUUGGGAAGGGCUCAUAGCUUUGGAUUUGAAAAGGGUAACGAAUCACUCACAAGACAGAGAGGUGAGGCCAUUAGUUUGACCAUUGUGCGUAUGCACCACAUGCAUGUCGGUCCUACCAUAUUUGAAAGUUUUGUCGGACUAAUCACAGCCGUUGGAUGGUCCAGCCGUGUUUCAGCAGGACGGCUGAAGAUCUCGCUGACUUUUAAAAUUAUUGCUGGAUUAGUUAGAGGCAAAAUAAAUGAUGUGACUGAAAAUAAUAAAAUUCAAUGUGGAAAAGUUGAAGAAUGGGACCCAUGUUUCGGAACAGAAACCAUUACAAAGGUGGCCGAAUGA